GGCCUUGGGGUACGUAUAUUCACUGUGCAAACUUCAGGUUCCGGUCGCGCACGGGUCGAGCCGCGGGGUGUGAGCCGCGCGGGCCGCCGUAGUCAGCUGUUGCGAGCAGGAAGUGUCCGAGGAGUGGGUGGAGACUGCACCAUGGCCCCGGACCCCUGGUUCUCCACCUACGAUUCUACCUGCCAAAUUGCACAAGAGAUUGCUGAGAAAAUUCAACAACGAAAUCAGUAUGAAAGAAAUGGUGAAAAUACAACCAAGCUUACCGUGACAAUCAGAGCUUUGUUGCAGAAACUGAAGGAAAAGAUCGCCCUUUUGAAGGACUUAUUGCUAAGAGCUGUGUCAACACAUCAGAUAACACAGCUCGAAGGAGACCGAAGACAAAACCUUUUGGAUGAUCUUGUAACUCGAGAGAGACUACUUCUGACAUCCUUUAAGAACGAGGGUGCAGAACCAGAUCUCAUCAGGUCCAGCCUGAUGACUGGAGGGGCCAAGCGAGGAGGACCCAACCCGUGGCUCUUCGAGGAGCCGGAGGAGACCAGAGGCUUGGGUUUUGACGAAAUCCGGGAACAGCAGCAGAAAAUUAUCCAAGAACAGGACGCAGGCCUUGAUGCCCUUUCCUCCAUCAUAAGUCGCCAGAAACAAAUGGGGCAGGAAAUUGGGAAUGAACUGAAUGAACAAAAUGAGAUAAUUGAUGACCUUGCCAACCUGGUGGAGAAUACCGAUGAGAAACUUCGCACCGAAACCAGGCGUGUGAAUCUGGUGGACAGGAAGUCCACGUCUUGUGACUCGGCCUCCACAGCUGCUGCGGACAGCUUAGAGUUGUCUGAAGGUUGAAGACAAGAACCAAGCCGCGAGCUUACGAGCCAUCAAACUUGAAAGAUGUAUUGAGGUGAAAUACUGCUGCAAAGCCUCCCCACCAAACCUUUUUUUUUUUUAAGUGCUUUUUUUUUCUUUCCAAAAUGAAAAAGAACCAUUUGUACUAUACAUGCAUUAAAAAACCCUGCAGCUCACGCACAUAAAAAUCUUCAGCUCUG